ACUUCAGCAGGCAGGUCCAGCCCUCUCAGUCACACUCCGGCUUUCUCUCCAAUCUUCCUUUCUCAACACCCUUAAUCCUCUCUCCUGCCGGUUCAGGUCAUAUAUUUACGACUUUUUUAUUUUGUGCUGUGCACCCGUCAGUUUUGACUUUUCCAACACAUAAUCGACGAAAGACAACCUUCAAGACACCGCAGACAACAUGGCAUCUCUCAAGUCCAUUCUCAUGAGCUUCUUCGCUCUUGCUCCCUUGGUCGCCGGUCACGGCGCUAUCAUCGCCGCAGUAGGCGACGCCGGUGGUGCCGGUAUGGCCCUGGGCAUUGACCCCAGCACUCCCCGUACCGGAUCGAGACGCAACCCCUUCCAGGUGGACACCACUCGAUUCCGUGGUCAGGCGGCCAAGACGGUCGGCCAGACGAUCCAAGGUGGCGCCAACAAGGUUGAGGAGGGCACCCAAGCCAUCAUGGCCGCUACCAAGGAUUCGCUGCCCCAGGUGACGGCCGGUGGUACGGUCAAGAUGACGCUUCACCAGAUCAACCAGGACGGAGCUGGACCCUAUUCUUGCAUGAUCAACUCGGAUGGGCAGGCGACGGAGUGGACUGCGAUUAAGGUCGCGACGAAUGUCCCGGGCAGGUUCGGUCUCUCUAGAGCUACCACGACUGACUUUCCUUUGGUCGCUUCCAUCCCUGCCGACCAAAAGUGCACCGGGACCGUCGCUGGUCAAGACAACGUGUGCUUGGUGCGGUGCCAGAACCCUAUCGCCUUCGGUGGUGUCGUGCCCGUCCAGAUGGCCGGCAGUGCUGGUGCUGGAACUGGUGGUGGCAACACCGACACCACUACUCCCGUCACUAACGCGACCAGCGCUGCCAAGACUAGCAAGCGCCCUCUUGCCAGGAGGUAUUUUGCCAAGCGUUCCGACAUUGAGAAGGAUUCCGUGGAGGAUGUGGAGCAGUGGCAGCACUAGAAGGGCACUGCUCUCUCAGGUAGUGUUCUCGACGGAUGCUACGACGGGUAUGAGCGAGAAGACAAUGGGUUGGAAAGUGAAGUGAGUAAUUACAAGCUGGGAUGUCAAUAUAAUGGAGUGUAGGAUAUUAUUAGGAAGUAGGGAUAGGGUGGCGAGGAAGCCGAGUGUGACUAGAAUAGAGACAGACCGUUGAACGGUUGGCGUGUAAACUUUACGAAGCCCAUGAUGUUGUGCUUGUCAACAUGUGAACCGCCAAAAUAUCUUCUCACCUUGAAGCUUUGUCGACAAGGAGAAACGGCUCGCGUGACAGAGUAAUAGGUCGAGAGAGUAUCGACGCAGCGCCUGGGCCUCUUUCUUUACCUUCAACCGCGCUCGAGCCGCUGGGGCGUCUGUCAGAAGACCAGGAGUCCGCCGCUAUCUGGGCACAAAGAUGGACGAGC